GAGAGAGAGAGAGAGAGAGAGAGUCGACGACGCUUCGCUUUUUGGGCAUUGUCAUAUGACAACACGAUGGACUCAUUGCCCGAACUCUGCGUCUCUGCGAUUCUCGCCCUCACCUCCCCUGAAGACGCACGCCGGCUCGCUCCGGUCUCGUCCACUUUCCGAUCAGCCGCCCAGUCCGACGUCGUCUGGGACGGCUUCUUGCCGCCGGACUGCGACGUCCUGCUCGCGAGGUUGGUGAGGCCCCUCAAGUUCGGUUCCAAGAGGGAGCUCUUCCUCAGCUUGUGCCAACCUCAGCUCAUUGAUUCUGGAAGAAAGAGCUUCAAGUUGGAGAGAUCGUCUGGGAAGACAUCGCAUGUUCUGUCUGCAAGGGAGCUUUCCAUAGCAUGGGGCGAUGAACCCAUGUAUUGGUCCUGGAAGUUCGUGCCCGAUUCGAGAUUUCGAGAAGUGGCGGAGCUCCGAGCAACAGAUUGGCUGGAGAUUGAAGGCCGGAUGUCGACAGCGAUGCUAUCCCCAAACACUCUCUACGAAGCCCAUCUCAUCAUGAAAAUCUCUCACCGCGCAUAUGGGCUGGAUGCGAUGCCAUGUCAAGCAUCAAUUCAGUUGAAAAACCAGGUGGUGUCCACAAGCGCGGCAAUUCUUCAGCGAAACCAUCAAGCAAGCAGAGACAAGCAGAGGCCGGGCACCGAAGGCGCAGAGAAAGUCCCCAUGGAGAGAGAAGAUGGGUGGAUGGAGGUCGAGCUAGGCGAGUUCUUCAAUGGCGGAGUCGGCGUUGAUCCUCAUGAGGUGGUGAAGAUGAGCUUCAAGGAGGUGAAGGGUUAUCAGCUGAAGGGGGGGCUUGUCAUCGAAGGCAUUGAAGUGAGGCCUAAAAGAAUUGUGUGAAGAGAUCAUCAAUAGUUGCAAGGAUCAGGAGGGUUGUCUAUUUCCUUUGCCCA